AUGGCCGGUAUCUGUCCUCCUGGAUCUCCUCCACAAAAGGUUGUCAACCAGGGGCCGCCCCCGCCCCACAAUCCCGAAAGGAGCGCAUCUGCGGCAAGCCUAUCUGCCUGGUUACAGGCUGAGCGCAGUCAUAGCACAUGCGUGAGGAGCGCAUUACAGGCAUUACAGAAUAUGCGAAGGUUGCAUACCAGAGUUGGAAGCGACGAGCAGGGGUACGGGGAUAACGAGGCCGUUUGUCAUCACACAACGCGCCACAUCCAUUCGACGGCAGUAAGGAACACACCCAGUGCCUGGUCCCAAUGA